AUGGCAAGCGAGGUGCCAGACUUUCGGACUUUGCAGUCAUGGGAGGACGCCUUCCAAUACCCAAUACCGACGGUGCGGAAACUCGAACAGCAGCUCCGCACCACAGCCGAUGACAACCGCGAGAAGCUGCGAUCGCUUGUGGGGGCAAGCUAUCGGAGCCUUCUCGACACCGCCGAAACGAUUAUCCAUAUGGAGACCCAAAGUGAACAAGUUGAAUCUAAGCUUGGUCGUGUCGGCCAGAACUGCAAUACAAGAGUCUUGGACAAGAUCUCCGGAAAUGCACUGAAGAUGGACACAUAUGGCAGAGGCAGUGAUGUCGAGCGAUAUACGUUUGCAUCCCAGCUCUCGGUCCUCCGAAAUGCGCCAAUUGUCAAGACACGGCUCAUGCGUAAGGAUGACCAGCACCUCCUCAUCGCAAAAGUCCUUGUGAUAUCUCGCCUUAUACACAAAGCCCUCAGUCAGUCGGAGGCCAAGCCACCGAUUGUGGAUCAGCUAUGGGACAAGCUACUUUCGGCGCGCAGAAAGCUAUUACGACGUAUCGACAGACGGCUCGCGAGUGUAACCGGGGAGACUACAAGUUUGGUGGAGAGUAUGUGCGCGUAUGCAUUGGCCACGAGCUCAACGCCCUCGGACGUCUUGAAGCAUUUCCACAGGGUCCGUAAGGACAAGAUGGUGACCGACUUGAAGAAGGGAGGUGACGAGCUUGCUAAGCGGGGCAUCAAUGCUCUGCGCCUCUGCAUACAGACUUGCCUGGACACCCAGACCAUCUUUCCAAGACGAUUAGCUGAAGCUCUUGCAAAACUGAAAGCGCAUCCUUUGAUUCAAGACCCAGAAGUGCGCGAACUGUACGAGCUGAAUCUGGAUGUUCACGAUCGGUGGAUUGGCGACGAAGUGCGAAACUACACACCUUGGCCACGCCACGACGAACUUCAGAGACCAGAAGCAGAGAGGCUGUUGCAUCGCUGGUCCAAAGAUACAAUCGCAGCUUUCCUGAAGGAGGUCAAGGUUGCCCUUCAAGACGAGAAUCGGUUAGCAGAGGUUGCGAGCCUGCGACAGGAACUGAUCGAAACUUGGAUGUUGUCCGGUUCACGUAUGGCAGGAGUCAAGUUUGCACAUGUACUAGACGACCUGCGAGACACCAUGAACGAGAAACUGGAGGCUAUCGUGCGAGCACGUACAGACUCGCUACAGGGCGUAGUAAAAGAGCUCACUGGUGGCCUGGAAACUCUGGCAAUCAAUAAUGAUUCGUCUGGCCUAUCGCUUUGGGCCAACACAAAAGACGGUCAAGAUUUGAGCAAUGGGGCGCAUGCGUUCAAGUCAACCAUACUCAAUACGCACCAGGGACGAGACCAAUCUGUCCUCGACGUGACCGCUGCUUUCGACGAGUGGAUGGAUUCUGUGCUCGAAGUAAAGGGCAUAGUAAAGAGUAUGAAAGAAGCGCGCUGGGACGAUACUUUCGCAGACGAUAUCGAAGAAGAAUGUGAUGAUGACGAUUUGGGUGAUUCUAAGCAGACGUUACUCAGCGCGGACGACCCACGGUUGUUGGAAGAUGUCACCCAAGAGGCCGUUGGCCGUUCGUUACAGAACCUGGGCAAGAGCUUAGCCCAGAUUGCACAAAGCGUAACUGACGAAAAGGCUGACGAAUCUGUGCCGAAGGCUAUAUUCGUCUUGCGCAUCGUUCGUGACUUUGGCGAUCGGAUACCGCGACUACGCCUACAGGAGAAGUCUUCGACUUUCCCUACGCCAUUCACAUCAGAGGUCUUGAAGCCACUUCAUGACAUCCUUGCUGUAUAUGUCGCUCAGUCGACAGUGCCAGCUUACGAGGCCUCUCUUGACUCGACGAUAAAAGACGGUACCCAAACACACAUACUGUGGGAGGGACAUCCGCCUAUACCGAGCCAGCCGUCACCCAGCGCCUUCAGAUUCUUGCGAGAAACCAACCGUACCAUGGCGCGCCUGGGAAACGAUCUCUGGGCUUCUACUGGUGUCGCCGCGGUCAAGAGCAAGAUAUCAUUCGAAGUUACACGGGUGCUGAAGAAGCAUGCUAAGGCCAUCACAACCGCCAACCCUCAGAAGGAAGUCACGGCUGAAGAGCAAGCCGAUACAAAAGACGCUGACAGCGAGGAAAGGAACGAUAAACCCAUUGCUGCUGACGUAAUAUCUGUUCAGGAAACUGAGCUCCUUGACCAAAGGCUCAAGCAAUUAACUUUCGAUGCGCUCUACAUGCAGCGAUUCUUUGGUGACGAGCCCAAGGCACUGCUAGCUAUGGACGACCUGAUUGAGAGGAUCGAUCUCACAGAUCCGGACAUCCAAAGGCUGAGGAAGAACGCAGUGGAGUAUGCCAAGAAGACAUAUCUGCUAUUUGCUUUACUCGCAUGA